AUGCGUUACAUUGCUGCGUACCUGCUUGCUGUGUUGGGUGGCCAACCGUCCCCAACUGAGAACGAAGUGACGCGGAUUUUGAACGCGUCGGGCGUUGAGGUCGACGCGAAGCGCGUAGCGGCCGUGGUCAAGGCCAUGGAGGGCAAAAACAUUGACGAGGUCAUUGCUGCUGGCAGUGAGAAGCUCGCCGUGUUCGGAUCUGCUGGUCCCGCUCCUGCUGCUGGUGGCGCUGCUGCUUCGGGUGCGGAGACUGCCAGGGUGGAGGAGAAGGUUGUCGAGGAGGAAGAGGAAGUGGACAUGGGCGGCGGUAUGGACAUGUUUGGAGCGGGAGACGAGGACUAUUAG